AUGGAACAGCCCUUUCGACAGGUCUUGAAACUUAACACGUUAGCAAUAACUUCUUCUCUUAGAGGCAAUAUAGGAGUAUAUAGUAGGCAAACGUAUAGAACUUUAUCUAAGUCAGCCUCUUCAUCAAGAGUUUUGAAUACUAUUAAUUCGCCUAAUUUAACUUUCUUAACUUUCUAUGAAAUUUUAAAGAGGAAGAAUCAUUUCAAUAAAAACGCUAUUUCUAGAAUCGUUAACCGCAGAGAUUUCUCACUGGUAGGAAGUCAUCUUUAUUCUAAUAACAAUAUUAGUCCUAAUGAUUUUUCAAAAAGUUCUGACCAUUUAAGAAUCCAAAAUAUUUUAUUGAGAAAAAAUCAGCAAAGAAUGGAUCGACAGUUAUUUUUAAAAGAAGCUGAUACAUUCUAUAAAAAAUUCAAACUAAAUACAAAAUGGUUUUUAAUAAAAGAAAAUAGGCCAUUUUCACAUGAUGAAAUUAGUGCAAUGUUUUCUUGGUUAAUAAUAUCUCAAUUAAUUUGGAUUAUAUUGGGAACAACCACAUUCGUUUCAAUUAUUUUAUUCUUUUUGAAUACUGUUUUUGCCAAGGAGUUUGUUGGUAAAUCCAUUGGUCGUUCUUUAAAUUUUUUUCUAGAUGGUAUAGAUGUUCAAUUUGGUGACGCAAUGGUACCUGAAUGGAAAAAUAGAUAUAUUAAAUUUAACAAUGUUAGAAUUAAAUCAAUCACUGGAAGCAACAAAAUACAACAUAAUAAUAUUAAUGACGAUAUUGAAAAAAAAAAUAGGGAUGAAAGGGACUUAAUCAAUUUUGAUUUAUCCCUUCAUGAAAUGCUCUUGACUAUAUCGUUGAAAUCAUGGUUGAUGGGCAAAGGGUUAAUAGAAAACAUAUCAAUAUUUGGUAUGACUGGUUCCAUUUCUAUCUCUGAUCCAGCUAUUAUAUCAUUAGUCCACGAUAAGACGGACGAUAAACGAUGGAGCACUAACUAUACGAAUGAGCCAUUUAUUUAUAAAUGGUUUUCUAAUCCCAAUUAUGAACUGAAAAAUAUUCAUAUCGAGGACUCCAAUUUUGAAUUACAGGAUAAUCAGAUGAAUAAAAAUUAUUCCAUUGCGAUUUAUAAUUUAGAAUUACCGAUUUUGAGAUUAAAUUGGGUGUUGUUUGAUUUUUUAAACGCAGAUAUUGCAGAUGGUUCUAUUAAUGGAGCAUUAUUUAAUAUCCAUAAAAAACAACACAAAUUGGCAUAUAUUGAUGAUAUGAAAAGAGAUUUGUCUGACUGGGAAAGAAUUACAAGAUUACGUCUGGAUUCCAUAAAAAUAGCUGAUCUUGGUCUGAAUGAAAGCACAAAUUUUAGUUGGAUAAACAGUGGUUCUUUAGAAAUUAUUGCUGACAUCAUGCUACCGCAUAAUUAUGAUUCAAUCACAAAUAUUUUUAACAAAUCAUUUAUUUCAGAUGAAGAGUCUGAUACUUCAAACAAAUAUAUAUAUGUGGAUUUAAAAUUUAAGUUCAAAGAUUUAAAAGCUUGUACAUCAACGAAAAAUACCCCAGUAUUGUCUACAGGAGAACCAAUCAUAUCUCCAGAGGAAUUGAAACUUCUUGUAUCUUUUAUUAACGCCAAACACGAAAUUUUCCAUUCAAUAACCACGGUCGAUCGGAAUUCUUCAUGGAAUUUCCCUAACACAUUUAUUAAAAAGAAUAAAUCAUUUCCAAAGAUAACUGUAUUAUCAUCACUUUCAAAUAAAGAAAAAUACCUAAAAGGGAAAAAUGAUGAAGAUAUUGAAAACGAGGAUGAAUUAUUAGACCAUCAAAUAAUCAAAUUUCACGAUCAGUUAUUCCAAGAUGAUUCUAACGAAAUAAUUUUACGUUGCAGAUUUGCUAAGAAUAUCAAAGAUUUGAGAAACAUAACUCUUUUUAAUGAGGCGGCUAUUUAUGACACAAUAACCAUGGAACUGUAUGGUGAUUUUAUGAAACUGGUGGAAGAAUGGGAAUAUAAAAAGAAGAAUGAUUGGAUGAAAAUUUGGGGUUCUACUUUGGCUUCUCAACUAAUAUUUUUUGGAUUUGGUGCAAUGGUAUAA